AUGGCAGAAACUAGGGUUCUACCUGUUGGAUAUAGGUUUCGUCCAACAGAAGAGGAACUUUUAAUUCACUAUCUCAAUAACAAGCAUUUGGGAAAUGAUGCAGAGAUUAAGAACACUAUUUCCCAAGUUGAUCUUUGUAACUUUGAUCCUUGGGAUUUGCCAGAACAAUCGAAGGUAAAAUCGGAUGAUCAAGAAUGGUUUUUCUUCAAUGAAUUGAAAUACAUGAAAAACAAGCGGUGUAACAGAAAAACCAACAUGGGAUAUUGGAAGAUCACGGGAAAAGAGAGAAUCAUCAAAAGAACAGGAACAGACAGUGUCAUAGGUACAAAAAGAACUCUAGUUUUCUACGAGCGUCCACAUAAUGUCAAAACCAAUUGGGUUCUUCAUGAAUAUCAUGCAUUUGAUCAAAAGGUAGGUUCUUGCCAGAGCAACAUCGUAUUGAGCCGUGUAAUAAUGAAUGCUGAGAAAAGGGAACAGAAGCUAAAGACAAAAGCAAGCAACAUAGUCGAAGAGGAGGAAGUAAAAUGUGAAGAUGAACCAUGCAGCGAAAUUACUGGCUGUGUUAUCCAAGCAACUACAGAAGAUGCAAUCAUUCCUGAUAAUGCAUGUGUUUCAUCCGAGCGGCAACAACCUCAAGUUAUAGAUUAUGAAAUUCUCUCAUCGGGACAACAAUCUUCAGUGGCCCAUUCCGGUAAUGAAAACAAUAAUGCCGCGGAAGCAACGUGGAGGCAAGAUGCCGAUAUGAAUACCGAGUGUUUUUGGAAUUUGCUGUUUUCUAGCAUCGAUGCUGACCCUCAUGCCGAGUUCUUAAAUUCGGUGUUGGCAGGAAAUGAUCAACUCUAUGUUGAUUCCGGCCACCAUUGA